AUAGAACUCUAAGUACGUAAUAAGCAUGUAUAGUAUAACAAGGUGUAUAUAUAUAGACUUAUACAUAAAAAGGAAGAAGCUGAAUCCUUCUUCCGCCCACAUGUAUACUGUCUAUAAACACAUAUCAGCAAAUUGACUUUCCUUAAUUAGCACUAUUAUAUUUCUCAAACUUUUUUGUUAAUAACGUUUUAAUAAAUAACGAACGACGGCUAAAACCUUUGAAAGGUUAUUCAGGAGAGUGCUCCCUGUAAUAUAUAUGUCAAGGUCAAGGUCGUAGAAGGUUGCUCCUUUAAACUAAAUAAAUAUCCUAUUUUAUUCUUCGUGUUUCAAUGGAGGAACAUAUUUCAUAGUAUGUGUAUUAUCCGUUAUAUUGUCCUGUACAAAGUAAUCGGAAUCUGAAUUUAUAUGCUACAAGAAUUUUUCUACUGUUUGAUACAUUUUGACUUUUCAAAACAGAAAUUGAGUCGAUGGAAUAAUGGUAUCGACAUUUCAAUAACUCCGUGGCAAUACGAAGAAUUCACGACAACUUAUAUAAGUAUACUAUGGCCGCCAUGGCAUGAACAUAGAAGACCGAUCGGAAAUAAUUAUAUUGGUAUGUGAUACCUGAAUUCACAAAUAUCGAGUUUCAUGAAGCUGUAUAUCCAAUCAGAGUUUCUAUAUACGAAAUGUCACGAAACAAUCCUGGAGACGUAAUUCAAAUUUCGGCUCAAGAUGAUUCUAAUAAUGAGUGGUUUAAAUUGUGGGAAACUGAUUAUAAGUCUGAGAUUGUACCCCCGACAUCAAGAUUAUUUUCUCCACCCUUAUCACACCCGCGUGACUUUAAAACGAAAAUGCUAAGACUAUUUUUUAAAGACAGAGGUACAGAUUUCUGUGAAACACCUCCUUACACAAAGGUAGAUGCUGUGAUGCUUAUCGGUACAUCAGAGUUGGUUCGUCCUAGAAAUUAUGAGAAGAGUUUAAGUAAUCUGUUAAAAGAAAUUAACUGCAUGUACUUUCCACACCAUGAGGAUAUUCAUAAUUUAACAGCAGAUUUCAAAAAUGCACACUUAGAUAUAGAUUAUCUGCAACGACAUUUUUCUGAAUAUUGCAUUAUAAUGGAAUAUUGUAAGGAUGGAAGCUACAUAAGAAGGGUUUCUAAAGGGAGUAUUUUGAGAGAGAAUUUGAUGCACAAAAAUGUAUCUCUGAAAGUGAUUCAUCAUUCGAAUUGUGCAAAACCUAUAAAACUUUCUUCGGAUGAAUCCAAGGAGCUAUCACGUUGCAAUAUAUCUGACCUUCCUGAUGAAAUGUUACUAAUAAUAUUAAAAAACUUGGAUCUGAUGACGUUAUGCCGCUUGAAUUAUGUAAAUAAACGCUUCAAUAAUUUGAUACAAGACCCUCGACUCUAUACACGUUUGAAUAUACACUGUUUCGCAAACUAUUUUGUGAAUUGUCGGCUAUCUAUGGCAAAACGCGAUAUGAGCAAUAUAUUUUGUUACUUUACAUCUAGAUGUAAAUAUUUGCAGCAGUUAGAUCUUACAAAAAGCAUAUUUAGUGUUGAGGAUUUUAAUAACUUUCUUGAUAAUUGUGGCAGACGUUUGACGCACUUAAGAUUAGAAAAAUGCUGUUCUAUCAAUAAUCUUGCCCUACUUAAAAUUUCAGAGAUAUGUGUAAAUUUGAAAGAAUUAAAUCUAGAUUGUUGUCGCAUAGACGACGAAGGAUUUUCGUAUCUCGAGAAAUUAAAUAAUUUGGAAUAUUUAAACCUUUGUCGUACAAAUAUAAGAGUCGGACGCCUUCACAAAAUACUGCAAAAAAAUCAACGGAUGCGUGAUGUCGAUUUUAGAUAUUUAUUCUUGAGUAGAGCCGCAACACAGUUUAUAAAAUUUUGUCCUAACUUGGAAGUAAUACGUUUAGAGGACUGUAUUAAUUUUACAUCGCAGGAUAUUGACGUUCUCGCUGACUGUAAGAAUGUACGAAAAGUGUAUUUUCCCAAGUAAGUGUGUGCUUCUUAAUUUUUUUUAAAUACAUGUUUACUAUAUUUUUUAUUGAAAUUUGUAUUUGCUUCUCUUGCAUUUCAAGGAUCUUGAAAAAGUUACAUUAAUUUUCUUUGUGCUUCUUCAUAGAGAAAGUUGU